AUGCGUGCCGCUCGCUAUCACCCAGAAGACAAUAAAUGCCAUGUCGACGACAUACCGAUUCCGAGUAUUGGAGAUGAUGAGAUUCUCGUGAAGGUUGGCUCGGCAUCGCUCUGUCACUCAGACUUGAUGCUGUUCGAUGGCUCGAUCCCAGCUUCAGAGCCUGUUGUAAUGGGUCAUGAGGGAGUGGGCUUCGUCGAUAAGCUAGGCAAGAACGUGACUGGCUUCAAGGAGGGUGACCGGAUAGGCUUCCUGUACAUCAAGGGCGUCUGCUUUGACUGUGAUGGUUGUCAAGUGCACAACCUAAACUGCACAAAUGGCUCUCCUAUGCUACAAGGCUUCGGUUGCGACGGCAUGUUCGCAGAGUACACCUCGAUCCACCAUCGAAACGCCAUUCACCUCCCUGAAAAUCUGGACAUGGCGACAUCUGCUCCCUACUUCUGCGCAGGGAUCACAGCUUUCCAUGGAGUCGACUCAUGCGACCUCAAGCCUGGCCAAUGGAUGGUGAUCGUCGGUUGCGGUGGGCUCGGCCAAAUGGGCAUCCGCUUUGCCAAAGCCAUGGGCAUCAAGGUAAUAGGUCUCGACAUCAACGACGAAGUUCUAGCAGAAGCAAAGGACAGCGGCGCGGACGUGGUCAUCAACUCCAAGAACGCUGACUACGAGGCUGAAAUCCGCAAAACCACGAACGGAGGAGCAGAUGCUGCUGUCGUUUUCAGCGCCGCUCAAGCUGCGUACGACACCGCCAGCAAGGUUCUCAAGAUUGGCGGAAUACUGAUGGUCGUCGGACUGCCUUCAAGGCCGAUCCAGUUCGGCGCGCUUGAUCUGAUGAGGAAGCUGUACCAGAUUCGAUCCGAGAGUACUGGUCCUCCGCACCAGAUGCCCAUGGCGCUGGAGUUCAUUUCCAAACACAACAUCAAGCCGAAAGUUGCUACGUACAAGCUGGACGACAUUCACGAGAUGAUUGAUCUGAUGCAGAGUGGGAAGUCGAAGUCACGGAUGGCUGUAGUCUUCUGA